AUGACAGUCCCAGAAUUCGGAAAUCUGCGAUCUGACGCAGGUCUGGAAAAGCUGAACGCGUAUCUCGCGCCCCGCUCGUACAUUAGUGGAUACACCGCAACUCAGGACGAUGUUGCCACGGCAGCAAAGAUGCUGGGUGCCCCCAGUGCUGCGAAACUGCCGCAUGCCUUCCGCUGGUACAAGCACAUCACCUCCUUCCAUCAAAACGAGCAAGCUUCGUGGCCUAAAGGCAGCUUGAAGCAAGAAGCCAAGCAGCAAGAUGAUGACGACUUCGAUCUCUUCGGAGAUGACGACGAGGCCGAGUUGGAAAAGCUGAAGGCGAAGAAGAAGGAAGAAACGGCAGGCAAGAAGAAGAAGGAAGUGAUCAACAAGUCUUCCCUUGUUAUCGAAGUCAAACCAGCCAGUGCUGACAGUGACUUGGAUGAGAUCGUGCGAUUGGCAAAGGAUAUCACGAUGGAGGGCUUGACAUGGGGAGAGGCUGUCAAGAAGGUUCCGGUGGCCUUUGGGCUGUACAAGCUUCAGCUAUCUUGCGUGAUUUUGGAUGAUUUGGUGAACACGACUGAGAUCACGGAUCAGCUGGAGGCUCUUGGAAUGAAUGAAGAGCAGAAGGAGCAGCUUAGGAAGAGACAGGAGGGUGAGGAAGAGGAAGAGGAUGAAGAUGAAGAACCCGAGGGCCUUGUGCAGUCAGCAGAGAUUGUGUCUUUCAACAAGCUCUAA